AUGAACGGAGGCGGCAGCGAGGAAGCUGCGGAGGCGGUGGCGGCAGCACAGGCGGGGGCGCCGUUGCCGCUCGACUGGAAAUUCGCGCAGGUUUUUGGAGAGCGAACGGCUGGUGAAGAAGUACAGGAAGUCGAUAUCAUAUCUGCCAUUGAAUUUGAUAGAACUGGUGACCAUCUCGCUACUGGAGAUCGUGGAGGUCGAGUGGUUUUAUUUGAAAGAACUGACACAAGAGAUCAUGGUGGAAAUCGGAGAGAUCUUGAGAGGAUGGAUUUUCCAAUUAACAGGCAUCCUGAAUUCCGUUACAAAACAGAGUUUCAGAGCCAUGAACCUGAGUUUGAUUAUCUAAAGAGCUUGGAAAUUGAGGAGAAGAUCAACAAGAUUAGAUGGUGCCAGUCAGCCAAUGGUGCACUAUUUCUUCUGUCGACUAAUGACAAAACGAUCAAAUUUUGGAAGGUCCAAGAAAAGAAGGUCAAGAAAAUAUGUGACAUGAAUGUAGACCCUGCAAAAGCUACUGGAAAUGGUCCUGUUGUAGGUCCAAGCAUAUCAACAAGCUCCAAACCAUAUACUGCCAAUGGAGGAUGUUUGGAUAAACCCUUGGGUUCGAACAAUGACUUUUCUUUCCCACCUGGGGGUCUCUCGUCUCUACAUUUACCCGUGGUAUUGACCAGUAACGAGACGAGCCUUGUGCCUAGGUGUCGGAGAAUAUAUGCUCAUGCCCAUGACUAUCAUAUUAACUCCAUUUCUAACAACAGUGAUGGUGAAACUUUUAUAUCUGCUGACGAUCUGCGAAUAAAUCUUUGGAAUUUGGAAAUAAGCAAUCAGAGUUUCAAUAUUGUUGAUGUAAAGCCUGCAAACAUGGAAGAUCUGACUGAGGUGAUAACAUCAGCAGAAUUUCAUCCUACGCAUUGUAAUAUGUUGGCAUAUAGUAGUUCAAGGGGCUCAAUUCGUUUAGUUGACAUGCGACAGUCAGCUCUAUGUGAUUCUCAUAGCAAAUUGUUUGAGGAACAAGAGGUGCCUGGUUCAAGGUCCUUCUUCACGGAGAUAAUUGCCUCAAUCUCAGAUAUUAAGUUUGCCAAGGAUGGGAGAUAUAUUCUUAGUCGUGAUUACAUGACUCUCAAGUUGUGGGACAUAAAUAUGGAUUCUGGACCAGUUUCAACCUUCCAGGUUCAUGAAUAUCUUAGACCUAAGCUUUGCGAUCUGUAUGAAAAUGAUUCCAUCUUUGACAAAUUCGAGUGUUGUCUGAGUGGAGAUGGACUUCGAGUGGCAUCUGGUUCCUACAGCAACCUAUUUCGUGUGUUUGGCUGUUCUGAUGGAAGCACAGAAGCAACAACAUUGGAAGCCAGCAAGAAUCCGAUGAGGAGACAGGUUCAAACCCCGUCAAGGCCUUCUAGAUCUCUGGGCACUCUUUCCCGUGGUUUUAGGCGAGGAGCUGAUACCUCUGGAGUUGAUUCAAAUGGAAAUGCAUUUGACUUCACAACCAAGUUGUUGCAUCUAGCAUGGCAUCCAACUGAAAACUCACUUGCCUGUGCGGCUUCAAACAGCCUUUACAUGUAUUAUGCAUGA